AUGAGCCGGACUGGCUUCAUCUCAUUGAAGGAGGCGAAAUGUAAGCGAGUGCGCGAAAGACGUCGCUCUGACCGUCACCAGACAACAGCUGUGGCAGACUCCAUCAGCGCCUCUCAGCAGAAGGCAGCGCAGCCUCAGGGUAGCAGCGUAAACGGCAGUGUAGAGAUCCUCUCCUGCGAGUCUAUCCGUGCCAGUUAUGAAGCCCUGGCUGAGCAGAAUCCAGACGCAGGGAAUGUGUCGUGCGAGUCAAUCCGUGCUGUUUAUGAAGGGCUGGCGGGAAAGCGGGCGUCCCUGCUGGACGAGACGGGCAGGACGCGCAUCCUGGGAGGCCGCGAGGCGCAGGCCCACUCCUGGCCCUGGCAGGUCACCCUGAAGGUCGUCACCAUGCCCGCCUGCGGGGGCGCUGUUCUCACCCCCAGCUGGGUCAUCAGCGCCCGGCACUGCUUCCUCAGUUACAGUAAUAUCCGUCUGUGGAAGGUGAUGGCAGGAAAGCAUGACCUUCAGAACGAAGAGGAGGCCUGUCAGCAGAUAUCCAAGAUCUCCAAAAUCAUCCCCCACGAAGACUACAACAGGAGCAAGAAGACCAAUGACGUGGUCCUGGUGAAGCUGGAGACGCCCCUGCGUUUCACCGACUGCGUCCGGCCCAUCACCAUAGUUACCGAGCCCGUGGAGCCCCCUGGGAUGUGCACGGUGACAGGCUGGGGCUCGACCACAGAGUACGGGCCCCGCAUGGCCAGACUGCAGGAGGUCAACGUCACCCUCCUGAGCCACGGCACCUGCAGCCGCCUGUACGGGCCCCGGGUCACCGAGACCAUGCUCUGCGCCGGGGACGUGGAGGGCGGGGUGGACGCCUGCCAGGGGGACUCAGGGGGCCCCCUGUCCUGUUACAGUGGGGACCGAUACAAGCUGGCGGGCAUAGUGAGCUGGGGGGUGGGGUGUGGGCGUCCCGGAAAGCCGGGGGUCUACACCAACCUGCAGCACUAUGCCAGCUGGGUCGAGUCCACCAUCAAGGCUGAGGCCUCACCUGGGCCUGAUGAGUCCAGUGACAGGAUGGCAGAUGUGUGCGGGCUGGCGGCGGUGCCCCCGUGGGGGCUGAGCGCAGACUGUGCGCGGGUGCGGCGGGUGGAGGGGGAGGCGCGGGUGGAGCCCGUGUCGGAGGCGAGCGCUCACUCCUGGCCCUGGCAGGUCAGCCUGCAGGCCGAGGGCCGGCACUGCUGCAGCGGCAGCCUCGUCCGCCGCCGCUGGGUCCUAGCGUCCAGCCACUGCCACUGCAGGGCCGGGGUUGGUCAUGCGUCUCUCUGCAGUGGGAAGGUGGACUCGGUGCUGCUCGGGGCUCACAGACUCUGGCUCAGCACCUCCCAGGCCUUCGGGAUCCAGGCCAUCAACACCUCCCACGCCAAUCAAACGGGGGCCCCGCCCUCCAGCGACCUCAUGCUGAUCAGGAUCCAGGGAGCAGUCGAAUUCGGACUGACCAUUACCCCAGUCUGCUUACCGGACCAGGGCAGCAAGCUGGAUGAGAGCUGGUCCUGUGUGACCACUGGCUGGGAAAUGGGAACAUUUUCCGCGUUCAUCAGCCCAAACGUCCUGCACCAGGCCCGGCUGCAGCUGCUCAAUGCGAGCGCGUGCGAGAGCAGGUGGGGGGAGGAGUUCUCUGACGAGGUUCACCUCUGCGCAGAUGCUGCUGGAUCCGUGGGCUGCAUGGGGAAUGCCGGAGGCCCCCUGCUGUGCAGCAGCGGCGGUGUGUAUUACCUCUUUGGCCUGAUGACCCGGAGCGGCAGCCAGUGUGACGCCAGCAGCCCCGCGGUUUUCACCCGGGUGUCGGCCUUCCGCCCGUGGAUAACGCAGAUCACUGGGGAGAGCUGAGAGCCACGCCGUGCUGAUUUGUACUGCUCAGGAACAAUGCUGUUUACGGAGCUGCCAGUAAAACCUUAAUGUCGCUCUAAUCGCUGCGCCGACAGGGCUGCCUCUGUGCUAAAACUAAAGGAUGGGAAUGUGGGCUCAUGCAUUUAAAUAAAAUCCAGGAACAAUA